UUAGACUUUAACACCAUUCUUCCCCCGACUCCUGAAGAGUACGACAAUCUGCAGCCGCCGAAAGGAAACGAACAAACACCGACCAUUGUUCGAUUUCAUGUCACGGUGCUCAGUAUAGAUUCAAUAGACGAAGGAUCAAUGACAUACGUCACCGACAUCUUCAUGUCGCAGAGCUGGAAGGACGACCGCCUGCAGCUGCCGGAGAACAUGACGUCCAAGUAUCGCCUCCUGCCCAUCAGUUGGCUCAAGAAGAUGUGGCGACCGGACUCUUUCUUCAAAAACGCGAAACGGGUCACCUUCCAGGAGAUGACCAUUCCAAACCACUACAUAUGGCUCUACAGCGACAAGACCAUUUUGUACAUGGUCAAGUUGACCUUAGAGCUCUCCUGUGCCAUGAAAUUCGAAGCUUACCCCCACGAUACACAGACAUGUUCCUUGAAAAUGGAGAGCUUGUCCUACACCACCGACGACCUCAUCUUCGACUGGGAGUCCAAAGUUCCGUUGGUGGUGGAACCGACCAUCGAGCUUCCACAACACAUCCUGGUGGACACCAAACUCGGAGACUGCAUGCAGGAGUAUUCAACUGGAAACUUUACCUGCAUCGAAGUCAUGUUCACUCUGGAACGCCGCCUGGGAUAUUAUCUGUUCCAUACCUAUAUCCCAACCUGCCUCAUCGUCAUCAUGUCCUGGAUUUCGUUCUGGAUACGGGCUGAUGCCGUCCCGGCAAGGGUCACCCUCUGUGUCACCUCCCUGCUCACUCUGGCCACCCAGCACGCCCAGUCACAGAAGUCCCUGCCUCCCGUUUCUUACAUUAAAGCAAUCGACAUAUUCAUGUCUACCUGCACCCUCUUUGUCUUCUCGUCACUCAUGGAGUACGCCAUCGUCAACAUCGUCAUGGGGCAGGCGGAUGAGAGGGAGCGUCUUGCCAAUCACAUGCUCAACGACGGCUCGACUCGAAUGCCGAACGGAACCAAAAUGGCCCGAUCGCCUUCCCUGCGCCGUCUUUCGGAGUCUUUUGAGAGGCAGGCCCUCAAGAUAGACAAGUUCUCGAGAAUUGCCUUCCCGCUUUUGUUCGUCAUUCUCAACGUAGCCUACUGGUCCUACUACCUAAGGUAAUGCCACAACUCUCAUCGCUCCUCCCCAAAAGGGUAAUACCACUUUCGAACGCAGACUGAAGAACGACAGAUU